AUCACGUGCACUGGCGAGCAAAAACAGCUGCUCGCGCUCCGUAAACAUCAUUUUAUUUCUCGCCCUUCAGGUGAGCUGAUGGUUAUCCUCCGUCAUAUAUCCGUGGCGUUCAGCGCUGCAAUGGCAGCUGUCGGCACCGCGCUGUUUAUCGCACUCAGUGCCUUCUACAAGAGGCGAAUAUGGACACCCGAAUCAAACUAUUACAUGUUCCGGGAGGAGGAAGAGGAGCACAGUAAGAAGCAGGUGCUUGUUCUCGGUUUGGAUGGUGCUGGUAAGAGCAGUGUUCUUCAGGGGCUGAGCGGAUCGGGCUUCAGGAGGGGCUGUCGACCAACACGUGGAUUCAACUUCAUCAGCCUUCACACACCUGCAUGCCAGCUGGACUUCCUGGAAAUUGGAGGUGGUGAAGACUUGCGAAUGUACUGGGCAGAUUUCUUAAGGAGAGCACACAUUUUAGUGUACGUGGUGGACUCCUCUGAUAGAGGCCGGCUCCCUCUGGCCAAAGACGAGCUCCAUCGAUUACUCAAAGCGGAUGCAGAACUUCCAGUGGUGGUGUUGGGAAACAAGCAGGACAAGCCCAAUGCUGUUGGUGUGUCGGAGCUGCGUGAGGCUCUCUCUCUCAAUUCUGUGGCCAAUCAGAGGAAGCUCUUUUUGCUAGCUGCUCAGUCGGGCUUUGAAGGAUUAAGCAGAACAUGUGGUCUCCAAAAGUUCCAGGACCUGCUCCUGACAUUGGUGUGAAGCCAAGUAACCAUUUGAGGGGUUGGCAGCACAGUGCCAGAAAGGAUUGGGAAAGGGAUCUUUAUAAACGAGGGAGAAUUCGAGGUAACGAUUUCACCUCAUACAAGGAGUGUUUACGUCAUGAUAACGCCACUGUCGUGACGUUUCAUCUCAUUUGAGGUGUUGAAAAACAUUUCUUAAAAAUACGAGCACUGGGGGCCUGGGUAGCUCAGCGAGUAAAGAUGCUGACUACCACACCUGGAGUCGCGAGUUUGAAUCCAGGGCGUGCUGAGUGACUCCAGUCAGGCUUCCUAAGCAACCAAUUGGCCCGGUUGCUAGGGUGGGUAGAGUCACAUUGGGUUAACCUCCUCGUGGUCGCUAUAAUGUGAUUCUCGCUCUCUGUUUGGCACGUGGUGAGUUGUGCGUGGAUGCCGAGGAGAAUAGCGUGAGCCUCCACACGCACUAGGUCUCCGUGGUAAUGCGCUCAACAAGCCACGUGAUAAGAGGCGCGGAUUGACGGUCUCAGAUGCGGAGGAAACUGAGAUUCAUCCUCCGCCACCCGGAUUGAGGCGAGUCACUACACCACCACGAGGACCUAGAGCGCAUUGGGCAUUCCAAAUUGGGGAGAAAAAAUAAAUAAAAAUACAAGCACUGUGCUGAGGGCAUUAUUGCUGCUAGUUAUAAUGGCCAUGUUCCGGGUUCAGUACAAUCAACAGCAUUUGUGGCAUAAUGUUGAUUUCCAUAAAAAAUCAUUUUGACUUGUCCCUCUGUAAUUUAAAUAUAUAAAAAAGGAAAACAAAUCACAGUAACAUUAAUUAGAACAGUCCAUAAACAUUAAAAUACAUACCGUUACGCCUCUGGACGUAAACAUUACACAUGUUAACACUAAUUUAUUGUGAUAAAAUUGCUGAUUAACCAUAUCUGUGUAAAGUUACAUCCAGUAUUACAACUUCGAAACCCUGUAAUCCCAGUAUUGGAUAUAACUUUACACAGAUAUGGUUAGUUAGCUAUUUUUUUCACACUAAAAUCAUGUUAACAUGUAUAAUGUUUUCAUCUUGUGGCUAUUCUUUUGAAACUAUGUGUAUUUUUUUGUUUUUGGGUUUAUGGACUGAUCCCAUUUACUUCGAUUUGAAAUGCCUUACUGUAACAUCUUUUUCUAAGAAUUAAAAACACCAGUUGAAAUAAUUUUUUGUGGCAAUCAACAUUGUGCCACAAAUGCCGUUGAUUGAGCUUAACUCGUAUUGAACCCGGAACAUUCCUCUGACAUGACUGUAAUCAGUAUAGCAAAGAGUAUAUACACAUUAUUCUUUAUUUCUGCAUGUGGAGUGAAAUUUUCAAUUACAAACUAAUUUUAUGUAUUGCUGAUAAGUUGUCCUGCUUGCAACAAAUCAUAGAAACCUUUGUUUUGCUUUAAGCAUGCCAGAUGAUUUAGUUGGCAGUAGAUACUUUAGGCAGGUAUCUUUAGUAACUGUGAUUUAGGCUUCAAAUAGAGUUGUUUUGAAGUUGCACAACUGCACAAAUAUAAGGCCUCUUCACAGUGAAAUCAAUACGGUGUGGUUAUGUACUGUAAAUGGUUUGAAUUAUCAUCAACAAGAGC